UAGGCAGCUCAUCGUCGCCAUCUUGACACGCAGUUGGUCAGCAGGGAAAGGGAACGGGGAGCAGAGGAUAACGGGAGGAAGACGUUGUCGAAAUUAAAUCAAACAAAGGGCAACGCGGCAAAUUCUAGAGAGGCGACACGUAAAACAGAUUGGGAUCAUCUGCUUCCACAUCUUGGUAUCUGCAGAUGAGGGAAUAGCUGCUGGAAUGAAAGAAGGAUCAGACAGACAGGGCUGAUAAUGCUCUCUGCUUUUCUCCUGGACCUUCUGAUCCAUCCCAUCAGCUUCAUUUAGAGUUCAGCUGGUGUUUCUACAAGACCAGACUGUGAAAAAGCUGCAAACAAUAGCUGUAUACAUUUUUUUAUUACCUCGUCUCCUUGUAGAGCACAUUUAUUGGCAUUUUGUCAGAGCCCCUAUACUUGCUACUGUUUGUUAAAUACAGGCAGUCUUUAUUGAAAACAUGGCAAACAUGUGCCCUUAUGGCCGCUUCACCCACGCUGUGGUGCGGGGCAUGCCCGAGACCUUUGGGAAGGCUGUGGGAGAUGGUCAUGAGAACGGGGAGACCUCGGUGGACCUGGCCAAAGCUCAGCGUCAGUUUGGUUGCCUGACAGGAGCUCUGAGGCAGAAGGUGGGCCUGCAGCUGAUUGAGAUCCCCCCUGACCCUGAACUGCCAGAGAGCUGGAGGAUAGAGGAUGUGGCAGUCAUCCAGGGAGACACGGCGCUCAUCACCAGGCCCUUCAAACAGCAGAGACGCAGCGAGGUGGAGGCAGUGAGGAGAGUGAUGUCGGAGCUGAACCUGACUGUGGUGGAGAUGGGGGCUGAGGAGGGGGACUCUGGAGGGGCCACACUGGAGGGCAGUGACGUCCUCUUCACAGGGAGGGAGUUCUUUGUUGGUAUUUCCUCGCACACCAACUGCAGAGGGGCGGAGGUGCUGGCAGACACAUUUAGGGACUUUGCUGUGUCCACCGUCCCUGUCUGCGGAGGAGCUCGACUGAAAAACAUCUGCUCCAUGGGAGGUCCGGACACGGUCAUCUUCAGCAACGCCGACGGAGCCAAGAAGACUCUCCGGAUGAUGGAGCAGCUGACUGAUCACCACUAUGAAGUGCUCACUGUCCCCGAGGAAUCGGCAGCAAACUGCAUCUACAUCAAAGGUCCAUCUAAACGGGACUUCCUGCUCCACAGGCCCGCAGAGGAAUGUCCUGACAGCGUCUCUGCUUUCCAGAAGCUGCAGGACUACACCCUCCUGCCUACAGCCUGCAGCGAGGCCUCCAAACUGGGAGCGUCUUUGUCUUCACUCUGCCUCCUCAUCAACAGGAAGCAUACGUACUUCUGAAAAGUCCCCUCUACCAGUCAGUAUGUUGCACAGUGUUUACUUGCACAUAUUCAUGGCAGAGUGGAGGGAGCCUCAGACACAGGCCAAAUCACUAAACUCUCUUCCCUGUGUAAAAUUCUUGUCUGUUGAAUGCUACAUCUGUUUAUCAACAAACUGUUUGACUCGGGCGUCGCCCUGCCGGUCAAACAGUGCAGCACAGCUCCCCCGCAAAAGCUCAGCGACAAAAACUUUCCCUAAAACCACUAAAUUCAGCUGUAGUUCUGCACCGUUUUCACUUCUCAGCACCACCACUGCAUUGUCAUUUUUAAUGGGCAGAAUGGUAAAAACAGGGUAAAUAAAUGUAACAGUGUAUCUGCAGAGCUCCCUAAAUGAGACCUUUUAGUCAUUUUUAAUCAGAAUCCACUUUACUGGCCAGGUGUGUCGGACACACGAGGAAUUUGACUCUGGUACAUCGGCUCUGUGUGUAUGUACAUAUCUCACACUAAUACGUAGUUUAAUCCGUUUUGGCCAGCGUAUGAAGGAAAACCUGCAGGGACAAUAUGGCCUAGAUUUAUUGUCACAUUUUCUCAGUACUUCCCAGCAGUAUAUAACAUUUUUUAUGAUUCAGCUGAUGUGCCCUGAGUGGCAUAAAAUGUAGAGAUGCUAAUACCCAAUGACAAUUUUUAAGUCAAAUUCUAAAUUGUAAUUAACAGUGCCGAUAACACAAGAGAAACUACAAGGCUUUGUAAUACUCGAAGGUCUGAGGAAACGGAAUUCACUGCUUUCUGUACUAUCAACAUUCGUAUUUGCAGGUGUGUGUGUGUGUAUUGUAUGUCCGUCCAUAAAACAGGUCGGUAAACAUUUCAUUACUUAAAUAUUUGAUAAUUACAGGAUGUGUAGCUGCUAAGUAAAGAAAUGCAGAUUUUUGUCUUUAGCUUUCUUAUAUGAAUUUGUAGAAAGGUACAGUGAUGAAUAAAAAUAAGCCAAUAACUUGUACCAUUCACCUUGAUUUUGUGUGAUCUACCCAGCAGUUUGUUAGGUAUACCUGGUUGUAACUAAUGUAGCCUAAUCUAACUUCAUGAAGGUCAUCAGUUUUUGCUGAAACUGCUGAGGUACUGAGUCAACACUUUGUGCUACUGAGCUUAGCCUCGAGAUGAAUGGGUGGCCAAAAUGCUAACAUCUGACAAAAAAUUAUCACCAUGUACAAGAAUUUAUUGCAGGACUGUUGAAUUAGUUUUAGCUUAG